UUAAUUUGAUGAUCUUGUUCGGUCAGUCUCCCUCGUAUAAACUUUUGGGAGGUCACCUCUAUUUUGUUUUGCUCUCUCUUCCUCUCUCAACCUACCCCGUCUAACCCAACUAUCUUCUUCAACCUCUAUCAGCCAUGUCUGAUUCUGACCCCUACUCCGAUUACUUCAAUGGAUGGUUCAAUCCCAACCCUUUCAACCAUUUCUUUCCCUCCACAUCUACUUCAAAUCCAUCUUCAUAUGCUCCUAAUUAUGGCUAUAAUAUUUACUCAAAUAUCAUCCAUGGAAAUUUUUUCACUCAGUAUAAUUCUCAAGGUUCACCUCCCUCUCCACCUCUUAAAGAAGCUCUUCCCCUUCUCAGUUUAAGCCCCACAAGGCAUGAAGACCAAGAGCUUUCCUGUAGUGCCAUGGAGGUGGAGAAAAACAAGGACAAAGAAGAAAGCUGCUGCUUCUCUAGCACUGCAGAUGAUGAAACUGUUACUGUGGCUUUACAUUUGGGACUCCCCGGCGCUACUUCUGCUGAUUUGAUCUCAAGGGUUUCAGUUACUGCUGAUGAGGUCUCAGCUGCUCUUGCCGCAGAUAAAGAAGAUGACACUGUAGCUUCAGAGUACCAAUUAAAUACACUUAACAAGGGUCAAUAUUGGAUCCCAACUCCUGCUCAGAUUCUGAUUGGACCUACGCAGUUUUCAUGUCCUCUUUGCUUCAAGACCUUCAACAGAUACAACAACAUGCAGAUGCAUAUGUGGGGGCAUGGAUCUCAGUACAGAAAAGGGCCAGAGUCUUUAAGAGGCACACAACCAACGGCCAUGCUAAGGCUUCCUUGCUAUUGUUGCGCACCGGGAUGCAGGAACAACAUUGAUCAUCCAAGGUCAAAACCUCUCAAAGAUUUCAGAACUCUUCAAACCCAUUACAAGAGAAAGCAUGGAAUCAAGCCUUUCAUGUGUAGAAAAUGUGGGAAGACCUUUGCUGUCAGAGGUGAUUGGAGAACCCAUGAGAAGAAUUGUGGGAAGCUUUGGUAUUGCACUUGUGGGUCUGAUUUCAAGCACAAGCGGUCUUUGAAAGAUCAUAUUAGGGCAUUUGGGAAUGGCCAUGCACCUUAUGGCAUUGACUCUUUUGAUGAAGAAGAUGAGCCAGCGUCUGAAAUUGAGCAAGAUAAUGAAUCCUCUCAGUGACAUAUAGAAAGUGCCCGUCAAUUUAUCUUCAGAUCACAAUGAACUCAUAUUUUCACGCACUGUUUUUUUGUAGACAUGGCUCCGCAAGUAAAACCAAGCAAGUCUAUGCUUAAUAAAAAUCAAAUGGGGAGCC